ACUAAUGGCGGUGCAUGGUACAGCAUCCUGGGAGGAAUGCAGGAUUUCAAUUACUUCAGCAGCAACUGCUUUGAAAUCACAAUGGAGCUGUGAAAAACUCCCACCUGAAGAAACUCUGAAGGGCUACUGGGAGGACAACAAGAACUCCCUUAUCAAUUACAUCGAGCAGAUUCAUCGAGGAGUGAAGGGGUUUGUUAAAGAUCUUCAGGGCAAUCCAAUAGCAAAUGCUACAAUUUCUGUGGAGGGGAUAAGCCAUGACAUUACAUCAGCCAAGGAUGGUGAUUACUGGAGAUUGCUUGUACCUGGAAAUUACAGACUUACAGCCUCAGCACCAGGCUAUCUAGCAAUAACUAAAAAAGUGGCUGUGCCCUUUAGCCCUGCAGUUGUGGUUGAUUUUGAACUGGAGUCAUUGUCUGAAAGAAAAGAAGAGGAGAAAGAAGAAUUGAUGGAAUGGUGGAAGAUGAUGUCAGAAACACUAAAUUUUUAAAUGAAGAUUUUUGCUUUACAGCUUUUAAUCUAUUAUAUGUUGACUUAGUAUAAUGUACUGUGGAAAGUCCCUAUAUUCUAGAUUUUGUGCACUUCACAAUAAUUAACUUUGAAUUUUUCAGUCAUCUUUUGAUUAAUAUGAUUAUAAAUAACUACUAGCCUCUUAGCUAGAUAAAAAAGUUAUUAAUUUUCUUUCAUAUUGUUAUAGAAAAUUUACUCUUAUAUACAAAUCAGAAAAAAAUGAGUGAAUGUCUUUGCAGCCUAUAUGGAAGUACAAUCUGUUGUGUAUUAUAUGCAAGUUCAGAAUAUGUAGGUUAACUCUUGAUUUUAAAAAAGAAAUAUGCUGUAGUCAAUUCCCAAUACUGCCAGAAAUAUUUGACAGUGCAUAGUAAUAGACAGUGCUCUUUACUGAGUUCUAUAAUGGAUUGAAAAGAUUUAUAAUAAGUGUGUGGUGUAAUAACGUUUUACAAGGAUUAAAAUUCAGUAUAACACUUUGUAUGUCUCCGGUGUUGGGGCUAUUUAAAUGUGUAAGAAACAUAAGCUGACUUCAUUUUAGUAAGCAGAAGGAAUCUGCGUAAGCUCUUUUAUUAAAGAUGGCAUGGAAUGAAUUCAGGAAAUAGCAGAACUUUAUUCCUUAAACUGUUAAUGAUAUUUCAAGAUCAGGUUUUAAUUAUUUCUCAUUACUUAUUAACCAAAUUAAAAAUUGUGAAUGGGUGAAGAAGAGGAGCUUGUGCAUCUUGUUAAUAUGCUGCUUGUGUGUGUUUUACAGCAAGAAAAAAACAAUCAUUUCAGGUGAUGUCUGUUUAGUUAGAUACCUACCUUUUCAACAA